AUGCCGCAAGGAACUGGAACCCUGACAAGUGACCAAGGACGAGUCCUUGGUCAGUUUGAAAUCGAAGGCGCUCAAUAUGUCUUCGUGGGCAACUUGACUGGCUUUGGGCAAUCUUUCUCCAUUCCUAAUGCCGACGUUAGCUAUGACUCAACCGACCAGUUGCUCAACGAAUCUGAAGAGUUUGAAGAGUUGCCCAUGCAAAAGGACCAGAUUGAACUCAGGCUCAAGAACGGGGUUGCUAUUAUGGGCGGGUUUGACAUGCCCUUCAGUGAUGGCGAAGUGAAGAAAGCCACCAUUGUUGGCGGUGGAGGGAAAUGGUUGAAACUGUAA